AUGCUUAAUAGUUCUACCUUUAUAUUUGGAACUUUUGUGAAUGUAACUUAUUUAGUUGGGAUAUUUAGAGCUAUUCCUCUCUUAACAUUCCAUCAAUCGACUGCAAAUCGAGAGGAUAAUCAAAGUAAACCAACUAGGUACAUACCAAGCAAACGAUCACUGGCUACAAUUUAUUGGACUUUUGUAAUAACAUUUAGUUUAAUAGUUUUUAUAUUAUCAUUUAUACGAGGAUAUGUUAUUUUAAUUCGUAAUGAUAGAAUGAAUAAUAUUAUUUCUACAAUAAUGUUAAUUAUAAUUGGAAUAACAAAUAUUUCUAUUGUUUUUGGUUAUUUCAAAUACGGAGGAUUAUUAUUUACACUUAUCAACGAAUGUGCUUUGAUAACGGGAGGGAAAGAUUUUAAAGUAAAGUUACAAGGUGAAAUCCAUAAAGCUCAUGUUAAUAAGAUCAGGAUAUUAAGCUUUUCAAUAUCAAUUUUAGUAUUAUGGUCAAGCACGUCAUAUUUUAUAUUUGCCAUUUUAGGUACUUUGACGAAAGGAAAUCCAGUAAUGUUAUAUAUUCUUAUAAUUGUAAAUAAAUUUUUUUCAGUUUUCUUUAUAUUGGGAACUUUCGCUGGAAUAUUUUAUUGGUAUGUUGUCGUAGAUGACGCUGAUACAUUUGAAGUUGCAUAA